UUAAAGAGACGAAACAAAUAAUGGGAGAAAGAUCUCAAGCGAUCCGAUCGAAUCCUCGGAAAGCGUCGGGAGGAGCCCAAGAAAGAAGAAUCCAAAACCCUCCUCCGACGCCAUCGAGGCUUUCCCCUGUUCGCCUUCGUCGAUCGCAAUGCAUUAUUUCGUGUACGGGGAAUGAGGGGUUGCUUUAGAUUUUGGUGCUCCUGGUUCUUUGGUCGAGGGGGAGUAGCUGGGGUUCGUCGGGAUGGCGGUGAAUUACUUGUACGCCUCGGCCAUCAGCACGGUGACCAACCUUGUUGGUUUGCAAUGGUGGACGGUCUCGCUGCUUGAUGGCAUGAAAUCUGAUGGCGUAGUUGAUGGGAAUGAGGUUGGCUCGAGGAGUGUGGGGCCGGCGCUGGAGCUGCUCUUGGACUCGCAUGUUACCAUUGCGUUGCUGGCGAGUUUUGUGCUAAAUUUGUUCAUUCUUGUCAUCCUGUGCCUCAAGACUAUAUUCUUUGUUCAGUUGUAUCCUUCAGAGACUCGAAAAGUACUGGAACGCCUUAUUAAUUAUGUAAUAUACAAGGGAACUUUUCUUCCACUGGUUGUACCACCUAAUAUGUUUCAAGUGGUCUUUUGGUCAGGAUGGCUGGUCUUUCUUUGUUUCCUAAAGAUGUUUCAAUCAUUGGCCAGAGAUCGGCUUGAGCGGUUAAAUGCAUCCCCUACUGCAACACCUUCAAAAUAUUUUCGUGUUUUUUCUGCCUUGUUGCUUGUUCUGUUUGCGGACCUCCUAUGGAUAAAGCUGUGCAUUAUGAUCUAUAAGUCAUCCAGUUCUAGUUUAUUUGUUCUCUUGUUCUUCGAGCCUCUUGGUAUUGCCUUUGAGACAUCACAGGCUAUCAUGGUACACGGGUUUCAGUUGCUUGAGAUUUGGCAACGAUAUUCCAUUGACAGUGAUGGUAAUUGCUUGGGCUCCGAUACUUCUUACAAAGCAGCAGCAGGAACUUUAUCUGAAUGGAAGGGUGUUCUCAUUCGAAAUUGUGGUUUUCUCCUAGAGAUGAUGACUUUUUUGACAGCAGUUGGUCAUUACUUAAUCAUCUGGUGGCUUCAUGGCAUGGCAUUUCGUCUGGUGGAUACAGUCCUUUUCUUAAACUUGCGUGCUCUUUUAAGCACAAUUGUGAAGCGGGUCAGGGCAUAUAUCAAGUUAAGGAAGGCAUUAAGUUCUCUCAAUGGAGCACUUCCUGAUGCUACAUAUGAAGAGAUUUGUGCGUUUGAUGAUGAAUGUGCUAUCUGCAGAGGACCAAUGGCUAGAGCGAAAAAGCUACCCUGCAAUCACCUUUUUCAUCUUGCGUGCUUGAGGUCUUGGUUAGAUCAGGGCUUAACUGAAGUAUAUUCUUGCCCUACAUGUCGAAGGCCUCUUUUUCAAUGUAAUCCUCAAGAUCGCACUAGCUCUAAUGCAGGAGAGCUUGCCAAUGUUGCACAACUUGCUGAACAUUUAAAUUUGGGAUUGAACCCGCAAAGAAUAUCUGGACAACCUGUUCCUAACCAGCAACAGAAUCCUUCUGAUACAAUGUGGAGGGGAGUUGGUUUUGAUUCCGGUUGGAUGCCUCCAUGGCCAAAUCAACGAAUGGAUGGUGCUGGUACUUCUGGUGCAAUCAGAUCAGUUGGGCUUAGUGGAGUCCAGAUGAUGGUGAGGCAGCUGACAUCCGUCGGUGAGAACUAUGGUCAUGGUUCAUUAGAUGAUGCUGCUUGGAACUUGUGGCCUAAUCAGCAUGCCUCAGGCUCCUCCGUCCCUCCAUCCUCCCCACUUAGGUAUACUACAAAUACUGAUGGCCUGCGGUUUAGAAACAUUUCAAACCCCGUAAAUGGAAACAUGUCGGAGAUACUCACUAUGGUAGAUCGAGUUCGAGAAGUUUUGCCCCAUGUACCUGAUGAACUAAUUAUUCAGGAUUUAUUACGAACCAACAACAUCAACAUUACUGUGAAUAAUCUUCUUCUACUUCAGUAAUAAUCAAAUCAUUCCCAGUAUGUAUAUAUUCUUCUUAUUAACAUAUAAGGUGUCUGCGAGAAUUGUACGUUAGAAACAAAUGAGAUAGGUGAAUUAUGGGUGUUGAAGACUCCGGUUUGCUCUGUUGAAUUUAUUCAUGACUGUUCACUCCCGUUAACACCUGGUUGAUCUUGUUUCAGGUCAAUGUAUAGAAAUUCCAUGCCAAAUAAUUUAUGAGAACUUGCAUCUGAUAUCAAUAAGUUGUGCAAGAUCAUUGUUUGUAA